GGAUCGUGGAAAACCCGGUAGUGUGGAAAAUGAAUUGGACCCGUAAUCGAAUCAAUUAUGUAUAGAGUUGCAUUGCUGCUUCCGGUGUUGCUGCUGCUGCAGCUACCAUCAUCCGUCGCACCAGCACUCGCCGUCCAUGAAUUAUCGUUCCUGGUGCUAAGUCAACCGGCCCGGUUCAAUGCCGCACGGGCCCAGCAGCUGAAGCGAAGCAUCGCCGAGCAGAUAAGGGAACUGGAUCAGGAAAUUGCACCAACACGGCCGGAUAGCGUGUUUCUCACGCACGAGCUAUUCCCCGAGCAGGAGGGUGCAUGGGCGAUUACACCGAUCCUUGGCCACAUCCGGACAGCUAUCCUGAAGUCAACGCACCGUACCGCCCGCUGGUUGAUCGUGUGCGAGGAGCAGAGCCACGUCAACGUGAGUCUAUUAGCGCACCAUUUGGCCAACGAGGAUUACCGGGAGAAACUUUUCCUCGGCUACCCGCUCUACGAUCGGGAAGCGACCAUAAUUCAUCAUUUCGCCUUUUUCAAAAACCCAUCCAGCUUUCUCUAUCCCUAUCUGCGUGCCGGUAUCGCACUCACGGCCCCACUGGUCGAUCACCUGGUCCAGCUGCUAGCUGACGGUGCGGCCCGGCCCGCCCUGUCCGACUUCUUCAUCGAUGCGGCCCACGAGUUCGCGCUGGCCGUGUGGCAGCAUGGUCAGGGACUUCCGUUGCAGCCGCGUCGCUACUUUUGCGCCAAAGCGCUUCCGACCUGUGCGAUCCACCCAGGGAGCGUCGCUCGUGUGGAAAAGGAUGAGCAGCUGAGUUGUACUGACAACCCGACCGAUGUCGAUCAGAUCAUGUUUGCGGUAAAAACAUGCGGCAAAUAUCACAAGGAUCGUGUUCCCGCAUUGAAAAACACUUGGACCAAGUACGUGCAGCAUCUGAGGUACUUUAGCGAUGUCGACGAUCCUUCGAUACCGACCGUCGCUACAUCCGUGCCCAACUAUAGCGCCGGGCACUGUGCCAAGACGUUGGAAAUUUUACAGCUGAUCGGGGAUGAAAUUCGCUACAAUGGAAGCCUUCAGGCGAUCCGGUGGGUGAUGCUGGUGGACGAUGAUACGAUCCUCAGUUCAUCGUCGUUGGCGCGAUUUCUGAGCUGUUACGACCCGAGCCGAGAUUUGUACCUUGGCGAACGGUACGGUUAUCAUCUGAUGGGCCCCGCUGGCGGUGGUUACAAUUAUGUGACCGGUGGCGGUGGCAUAGUGCUGAGUGUGGCCAUCCUGGACGCAUUGCAGCAAACGUGCGAAUGCCCAUCGGCAUCCUCACCGGACGAUAUGAUACUGGCGGCCUGCCUACAGCGACUGGGCAUCAGACCGAUCCACUCGUCCCUCUUUCAUCAGGCCCGCCCAUCCGACUACGCACCGGAACUGCUUGACCGGCAGGAUACGGUGUCGUUCCACAAGCACUGGCAGAUUGAUCCGCAGCAGGUGUACAACAGGUGGUUCCGCCAGCAGGAUGAACGUUAUUCGCAACUACAGGCACGUUCGACCUACUCCUAUCCAACGGUCGCGCCGAACGAGGACAUCUGCAAACACUCGAACAGUGUCCACAAAAGUGUGGAGUCCGAACCUAACCUGUGCCGGCACAAGGAUCAUCAUCUCGAUCCGUACCUGCGUCCGACGCGACCCAACGCCAGCGUUCGCAACGAGAACAACAGCGUACGUGAGCAACGGAUAGGACCGACGACGACGAACGAGGACGAAAAUAAACGGUCACCUCAACAAUCCAACCAUAAUGACCGUCAUCAACAUCCGGAACGAGUGUUACGGUUCGGUACGAAAGCGACCAAUCGUAAUGUGCCCCCGAUGGACACACACAACCCUACCAGUGGUGGCGGACCGGCGGUCGACAGUACUGGCCAGCCACCGCCGCCACCACCACCAACACAGCAACAUAUCCCUCGCAAACAUUUGUGCGAAAGUAAUGAGCUUCAAUCAAACGGCAACGGUCUUUUGCUGAGACGGCAAAACCUCCAAGAGUCGACAAACAUAAUCAAACACACCGAUCUGUAG